AUGGAUUUUGUCAAAGGCCAGAACCUCAGGAGGACCCCAGAGCAGACCCCAGAGCAGACCCCAGAGCAGACCCCAGAGAAGUCCCUAGAGCAGACCCCAGAGCAGACCCCAGAGCAGACCCCAGAGCAGUCCCUAGAGCAGACCCCAGAGCAGACCCCAGAGCAGUCCCUAGAGCAGUCCCUAGAGCAGGCCCUAGAGCAGACCCCAGAGCAGACCCCAGAGCAGACCCCAGAGCAGGCCCUAGAGCAGACCCCAGAGCAGACCCCAGAGCCCUAG